GUUCUCAUGCCGGUAACAAACUUGCCAUGCAAGAAUUCAUGAUUCUUCCGACCGGCGCGAAUUCCUUCAGAGAAGCAAUGAAAAUUGGUUCGGAAGUUUAUCAUGCAUUAAAGUCCGUUAUCAAAAAAAAGUAUGGGCAAGAUGCUGUUAAUGUAGGUGAUGAAGGUGGUUUUGCACCAAACAUCCAAGAUAAUAAAGAAGGUCUCGAGUUACUAAGGGAGGCAAUUGAUGCGACUGGUUACACGGGGAGGGUGAAGAUUGGAAUGGACGUGGCUGCCUCCGAAUUUUAUAAAGAUGGUUCAUAUGAUCUUGACUUCAAAAAUCCAAAUUCUGACAAGUCGAAAUGGCUUUCUGGACCGGAACUUGCCGAAUUGUACAACGAGUUUAUCCGCGAAUAUCCAAUUGUUUCAAUUGAAGAUCCUUUUGAUCAAGAUGACUGGAGUGCGUGGAGUCACUUGAGCUCUCUGGUAAGCACUCAAAUUGUUGGUGACGAUUUGACUGUCACCAACCCAGAAAGGAUUGCGGUUGCCAUCGAGAAGAAAGCUUGUAAUGCACUCUUGUUGAAGGUAAACCAGAUUGGAACUGUAAGCGAAUCAAUCAAAGCAGCCAAGUUAUCUCAAGAUAGCGGAUGGGGUGUGAUGGUGUCUCAUCGCUCCGGUGAAACCGAAGAUACAUUUAUUGCCGAUCUUGUUGUCGGCCUUCGUACUGGUCAAAUUAAGACUGGUGCACCUUGCCGCUCUGAACGUUUGGCGAAAUACAAUCAACUCCUGCGUAUCGAAGAAGAAUUAGGUGACAGUGCAAUUUAUGCUGGUGAAAACUUUAGGCAUGCACACAAUUUGUGA